AUGACUUUUGAAAGACUGGUCAGAUUUCAGCAUAAGGGGAAAGCGGUUUACGGCAAUCUUAUCAAAGCCGAAAGCAACAAAUACACUGUUCAGCAGCUGGCAGGGACCGUGCGAAAUGGGUUCAAGGCGGCGUCCAACGAACAAUUAACGGUGUCAGAGUUGCUCUGUCCCAUUGAAGAUUGUCCUCUGAUCAUAUGCAUCGGCCUAAACUACAGACACCAUGCGGCAGAGGCAAACCUGACCAUCCCAACAUACCCAGUCGUGUUCACCAAGCCUGCUGACGCUCUUGCUGGCCCUCAUGACUCGAUUGCAGUUCAUAAGUCGGCACAAUCGCAUCUUGAUUACGAAGGAGAGUUGACUUUUGUCAUCUCUCGUGACUUCAAGAACCUCCCAGAAGAAGACUUUGAUCUAUCUGAAUAUGUGCUGGGCUAUACUGCAGGCAACGAUGUAUCAGCUCGCAACUUUCAGUUGCCGGAGGCAAGCGGCGGUCAGUUCUGCUAUAGCAAGUCGUUUGACAGCUUUGCUCCCAUUGGACAUUGUCUGGUGUCCCCAGCUCAGAUCCCGGACCCCCAAACCCUGAAAUAUACGACACGUGUCAAUGGGGAGGUUAGGCAGACGACUGGGACAGAUGAUAUGAUAUGGACUGUCAAAGAUAUACUGAGGCAUUUGAGUCGGGGAACAACUGUCCGAGCUGGAACAGUAGUCAUGACUGGUACUCCAAGCGGUGUUGGCUACUUCCAGAACAAGUUUCUAAAGCAUGGCGAUAUUGUAGAGGUGGAGAUAGAGGGUGUAGCAAGGCUUGCUAACAAGGUAGUCUUCGAAUGA